UGGACUCAUUAAAGUUUUUAACUUAUUGGACAACGGAAGUGCGUGAAGGUGUCGGGAAAAUCAGAAAUAGUUAACAUUUAAAAAUACAGAAUAGUAAUCUUUAGUGAAAAGAAUUGAAAAAAAUGUCGCGAAACCAAUUGCCAGACUCAUCCUCCUCGCCACCCAUAAGUCAUUUACCCUUUCACAACUUUGACGACGAUCUGAUUAAUGAUCUGCCUUCCUGCAUUUAUGCGGGUCAACAUCAGGGCGGUAGCGCCACCGGGGGAGGGGGCGGAGGGUCAGGAGGUGGCAACACCGGGCUGCGACUCAGCUCGAAUAAUCUGCGCCACAUCCAACAGCAUUAUAUGCAGCACGGCGGAGAUAACCUCCUGGACUCCUCAACCAAUCCCAUGGGGGUGCACAAUUCUGGGGGUGGAGCACCUUUGAUGUGCAACAGUCCCAGUGCAAGCAGCAGCGGCGGAGGCGCCAACGGAGGAUCAGCCACUCCAGGCGGAGCAGUUGGUCCCAAUCCUGGGUACGGAUCCGUGGGGGCCACAGCGGCGUCAAGCUACAAAAUGCAGCGACAGGCGGCCAAUGUGCGGGAAAGGAAACGCAUCCAGAGGUCCGCCCCAACUGGGUACACCAAAUGUAGUAUCAAUUCGGCCUUCGAUGAGCUAAGGGUCCAUGUGCCCACCUUUCCGUACGAAAAACGUCUGAGCAAGAUCGACACUCUGCGCCUGGCCAUUGCUUAUAUAUCCCUGCUCCGAGAAGUGCUCCAAACUGACUAUGAUCCUUUGACCUAUGUGGAGAAGUGUCUGCGCGGUGAGAUCAAAGCGGAUCGGGCCAAUUGGAAUACGAGUGAUUUAACCGCUCGUCUUUCCUGGAUCAACUGGGAGAACCUGGGGGUUCAUCCGGGUAGGCGAACACUGCUGACAUCGUUGGCUUUAUCCUCGGAGCCACUUUGCGGGGCUCACUGUGGAAUGCCAUAAAUAUGAUCUGAAAAUUACAGGCU